AUGGCUGAUUCACACGACAUCAAUCAAGUACUUGGAUUUGGUCACGCUGACAGCCCAUCAAAGCAAGCCACCUCAGAGCGUGUUUGUGAACGGAUUGAGUCAAUCCUACAAAAGUUUGGUCCAGGUAUCGAUAUCGAGAGAGAUAUUAGAAAAAGACCGAACAGUAUUCACUUUCGACCUGGGGCCUGGAGAUGGAGAUUUGCAAACGGUGAAUUUAUGGAAUGUUUGAUUAAGUUCCUCGUUCGAAGAACAAAUGUCCAAUAUGAUGGCUAUUUGGAUCCCGGAAUCCACGAGUUGGGGCGGAUUUAUCAAUUGAACGCCGCAGUGGAUCAUGGGGCUACCGGUAGAGCGAGGGAAAGCCAUACACAGGGAGUCAACGAGGCAUCUAAGACCAUACAAAGAAUACUUCAAAUGGUUGCAAUCCGCCAGGAAAUAUUUACAGCGGUCGAUUCACCGGAUCGGUCAGAGAGUCGUCCUGGAAACUUGACCACGGCAAUUCGCAUUCGGACAGUUGAGAUGGCAUUACAAGAUGACCACCAAGCUUUCAUGUACGAUUUCAUCAUGGAGCAUCUGUACAGUUUGACGAUCAGCACACGAGAUUCAGCAUCAUUGCAUACGAGCCAAGGGCGGACACGAAAGUCAACACCUACCCGCGUUAAUAUUGGAUCACAAAAGAUACUUUCCCUGGCGUCUACGCAUAUCGAUUUUGCCCUCUUGACCAAGGCCAACGUGCGCAAUAUCCGAUUCAUUGCAGAGCUUGACGAGAAACUGUCGGGUUCAUCUGUAAUGAAUGCGGCACUGCGGCAUAAUCACAGUGGUGGUCUUCAGUGGUAUUUCUAUCACACUUGCCCGAGCAGAAAGUACCCCGUACCAGAUAGUGUUGGCCUAAUGCGUUAUAUCUGCUUCGAUUCCCCCAAGAUUUCAUGUGUCGUUAAAAUGGCAGUGGAGUUGAGGCAAGAAAAAAAAGCGACUGUUGAUUUAUUGCCGUCAUGCUCUGACACAAGCAGUUACACCGUUGGAGUCGACUAUUAUACCUGCUGCUCACACGGCAUUAUCCUGGAGCUACCGGAGACUGCAGCUAUACUUUUUCAGACCAUCAGCCGUCCCAAUUUCCCAGGCGAAUUCUUUUGGGAUAUUCUUAUCUGCAAGGGAACAUUUGACUCUUACCAAGAGUCUUGCUUGAUGGCCGACCAAGCCAACAUUCUGGCCACUGGAGCGCAGAUCCCAAAAGAAAUUAAGGGGCAGAUUCGCAUCAUCUGCGCCUACGAGCUCCUAAGAGUCUGUCUAGGACAGCGGGUAAACCUCUAUCCGCGGAAUAGAUUUGAAUGGGAGUUCUUUGAUGACGAACAAGACAUUUGCGAGGGAGAGUUUUACUCUGCCCUGGCGCAACUAGUUCUCAAAACCCCAGCCCUGGGCAAAUAUUGCACGGAAAAGAAUCUUGGGAGGAUCAGUGCCUCCUGGAAGCCUGGCAUGGAACUCACUCCAGAUCAUAUUCGUGGUAGAAUGCCGGUGUUGGCAGAUGGUGUUGCUCUCCGUGAUUUUGGAGACGAUGAGAGGGGGGAUGAGGAUACGAGUAGCGGGGAGGGUUCCGACUUUGCAGCAGAAUGCGGUAUGGAUUGGUGGGAAUAA